AUGGUAGCGCCAGGUAUGCGGGUUAAGCCCGUCAGGCGCCUGAAGAAGGGCACCGAAACUACCAAAUCUCAUCGAUUUGAGGGCUUUUCACAGCGCAUCGCAAAGCUCAAGAUCGACCCGAUUCACCGCGUGCGCCGCGCCAGCUUCGGCGACGACGAUGAAGAGACCUCCUCCUAUUUCCGGUCGGCGCUCGACCACUGGGCGGAAAUGAACUUGUCCGACAACUUCACCCAGUUCACACGCCGCGUCAACCCCCUCUCUGAAAGCCUUGCGCAGAUCGUUCACCACGAAGAGAAAAUUAUGGGCCUGCUGGUGGAAUAUAUCGAGAAGAGGGACCAGCUUUGCAUGGAGCCACUGUUGAGUCUGCUCGCGCAGUUUGCCAGAGACCUUGGCGUUCGGUUCGAAAAACAUUUCGCCGCGGCCGUGACUCUGGUGGCGUCCGUUGCAGCGACGCACCAGGACAUUGAGGUGGUGGAGUGGAGUUUCAGUUGCCUGGCAUGGAUUUUCAAGUUUCUCUCACGCUUGUUGGUUCCCGACCUACGGCAACUGCUGGGGAUAAUGACUCCUUAUCUGGGCAAGGAGCGCCAGAAGCCGUUCGUGGCUCGCUUUGCGGCCGAAUCGAUGUCCUUUCUCAUUCGGAAAGCCGGCCUUGUUUACUACAAGAACAAAGCGCCCCUCGAAAAUGCCGUGACUUUCCUCUUUGACGAUAUCUCGAAAGCGGCCGACGAUUCCAAAAAUGUUGAGGACUACCGGGAAGGCUUGAUGGCUAUGUUCGCCGAUGCCAUGAAGGGUGUCAACAAUGGCCUUCACUCCAAUGCGACCGAUAUCCUUCGUUGCAUUUUGGACAAGCUUCCGCCUACCAAGGAGCAGCAUAGGGAACCCGCAGAAGUUGCGUAUGGGGUGGUGAUCGGCAUCAUUCACCACACUACUCCCGACACGUUUGGGCCUGUUCUCGACACGAUUACAGCCUAUAUUGCUGGUCGUUCCAAGGGCGGCAAGAAUCCCAAUCUUCCAGAGUGCUGCCGCUUGGUUUUCUUGUGCGUGGCAACUCGAAAGGGAGUCAGAGUAAAGGACUGGAAGUCCGUCCACGAGGUUUUGGUGUCCCUGCUCCAACAGGUGUCGGCGUCGACUGAAACACACCCCGACACGAUCCCCGGAAUACUCGCGACUGUUGCAUAUGCAUUGCAAUUGUCCCCGAUGGACGAGAUGCUGCCAUUUUUGCGUUCUCUCAUGGACCUGGUGUCCACCGGCCCGCUCUCGGCAUACUUCUUGUUCUUUUGCAACACUUUCUCGGAGUGGGGGUCGGAGCGGUUUCAGAGCCUUCUUCUGCCGUAUUUCCAGAAGUUCAUAAAUUCGUCGUGGCAAUUAAGAGAGUGGGAAACAUGCCUGACCCUGCUUCGUUUGAGCCAGACUGGUUGCAUCACCUCCGAAGCCUCGAAACCUGGGUACAUUUCGUGCCCGAAUGCCUUGAAGGGUCAUGUUCAGGACUCGCUGGAUUACCCAGUUACAAACGAUUUCGUUCUGAAUGCCUUUGUGAAGCUUCCAAAGUCUAUCGGCUUAUUCACAGACUCAGCUGCUUCGUCUGCAAUGGUACACAAGUUGCAUCACAAUGUUUCUUCUGCUUUCCAAGACGCUGCUUCCAGUAAAGAGACCAACGGUUUGAUAUUCUACGUUGGUCAGGGAUUCAAAACUUAUGUUGAACUCGCUACGCAAUCAGGCCAACUGGACUCGAGUCUUUGGGGGUCGAUCCUCACCACUGCCGUGACCUUUUCCCGUCUCCCUCUGUUUCUGGAGGGUGUGCUGGCAUUCAUCUCUUCUUGCCCGGAAUCCACCAACCUGGAGAAUUCCAUGCUCGAUGACUUCGCCCACAAGUUGAUAGUCAACCUGGCCAGCCCAUCGCAUAGGCUGAGGCUGGUCUCUCUCCAAAUAUUGCGCAAGUUAAUAAGCCGUGUCGUCAAGGAAGAUGCAUCUCCCAUCGAUCUGGCUAUUGAGAUUGAAGAGAGUCCGCUUACCCUGCAGAGCGCCAGAACCAUUUCCAUGCAUAUCCGGAAACUCGCACUCCUUUAUCCGCAGAUUGCCUCUCGCAAGUGGAUGGCCCGUCUGAUUCCUUACUUUUGUUUCGGCCUCUUCUCCAAGAAAUUGGGACCAUUGUGGGACGACUCUGCUGCCGCCUUGAAGACCAUCAGUGAACACGCAGAGGGUGAGAAGAUCGUCUCAGACUUAUCCAUCCAGUGGCUUCAGGAGCGGGACUCUGGCGCAACGAGUGACAAGACGGACGGUAACGAGAAUACCUUCGUCUCUAGUCACUUCCAAUGCCACAAUGUCGUCCAGGUUGAAAAAACCUUUUCUACCAACCUCAAGGCAACUAAAGAUCCCCAGGGCCUCUUGUCGGAACAGUUCAAGCAAGAACACUGUCUUGCAGAUUUGCUUCCCGCUUCGCCUCGUUCUCAUGCGUUGCGUGUUCUCAUCGCCGCUCCGAGCGUGGCUGAGAAGCGAUCCCGCCAAAUUGUGCCCCUGUUCUUGUCGUGGGCAUUGCGUGAUGACCAGGAUGACGUCCCGCCCAUUGGUGAAGACGCCGAUUCAGAUAACGCUCCAAUCCGAUGGGGUUUCCGUGAUCGAGUGGCGAUGCUUACUUUGUUCGGGCAAUUCCUGAACCCUAAAGUUUUGUACAAAGCCUCCGAGGUUCACGACGCUGUGCUGGAGCUCCUGUGUCAUGGAAACUCGGAGACCCAGAAAGCUGCGCUCAAGGCACUUUUCACCUGGAAAUCACCCCAUAUCCUACCAUAUCAGGAGAAUCUUCUCAACAUUCUGGAUGAAGCCAGAUUUAAGGAUGAACUUGCGGUCUUCGUGCGUGUCGGCGAAGACAGUCUAAUCGAACAAGAACACCGGCCCAUUCUGCUGCCUGUACUUCUUCGCCUUCUGUACGGCCGGAUGAUUUCAAAAGCGAGUGCGGGUCAAGCUGGCCAAUCUGGAAGACGCAAGGCAAUUCUUCGGACUUUAUCGCACCUUUCUGAAGAGGAGUUUGGCCUUUUCAUGCGACUCUCCUUUGGCCCUCUCGCGGAUGUCCAUGUCGUCAAGGAUGGCAAGACUGACUUGAGUGUCUUCUCAGAGGAACUGACUAGCCCUCGAAGGCAAUUGGGUCUGCUCAAGAUGAUUGAUACGGUCUUUGAUACCCUCCAGACCCGCAUGAUACCUUAUGCGCCACAGACGAUGCAUGUUAUUGUCUAUUGUCUGGUGCGAGCAUGCCGAGCAAUUUACGAUGAGAACAGCUCGCUUUAUGUGGAUCGUCAAGACGAACGUCUUUUGACCGUCUACCAGAGCAUUCGCCAGACCUGUAUCCGCUGUCUCAACCUGGUCUUCUCCAUUACGACCGAGCGGGACUGGACACCCUUCGUUCGUAUCCUUUUUGACGAGAUGAUCAGCGACAGACUCGAUCAAUUCCCAAUUGAGACAGCUCAAGGUGUAUCAGGGCUUCAUCGACUGUUCCAUACCUGGGCUUCUGCUCCGAGGUCUGCCUGGUACCUGGUGCAACACAACAACCAGGUCUUGACUAAGGUGAUCGACUGCCUUGGAGUUGAGUCUGCUCGCGACGAAGUCAAAAUUUACGUCCUGGAUGAAAUCCUCGUGCCUUUGGUCGACCUGUCUACCGGCAAGAAGUUGGAAGAAGAGGAGGAGAUGCCUGACUUCUCACCCGAACAGAUUCGAUCUGAAGUUCUCUCUCCUUACUUGGAAAAUGCCCUCUCCCACCUUGGUCGUGUGCUCAAGAGAGGUCCCUCGAAGCCUGUUCUGUUUGCCGGAGUCAAUGCCUUGUCUCUGAUCGCACCAUGCGUUGAGUCUUCUGGAGAGACGUCCAGCUUGAUCAGCAUAGCGACGUAUCUACUUCGACAGCCUCCAGACCGUGUCAGCCCAAGGACUAAAUCUGGUCUGCUACGGAUUCUCGAACACUUCUUGCCUUUAUACAAGCCGGAAGAGGAUGCCCAGCUUUCUCAACAGGUCUUCGAAGCAGUAUCUUCUAUGUUCGACUAUUUCAAGGACGACGCAAACAGAGAGGUGCUCGCAAGGGUCUUCUCUGCUCUUGCCACCCACGACCAACAGCUGGCAGAAGUUGCUGAACUGUGCGCCGAUCUGAACUCUCGUUCCAGCAAGAAGCUUGAGCCCGACUAUGAGCGGCGCUUGCAGGCCUUCACAAAAAUCAACGAAGAUCUGGCUCAAACAUUUAGUGCCAAGCAGUGGCGGCCUCUUUUGUACAACAUGCUCUUCCAUGUCAAAGAUGAAGAGGAGCUUGCUGUCAGAUCCAGCGCCUCUUUCAGCCUGAAACGCUUUAUUGAUAAGGCAGCCACCGAAACAGAGUCUGAAGACUUUGAGGCCCUUCUUAUUCGCUCCGAGUUCGUCUCUGUUCUGGGGUACUUUGUCAAAUCGAACCCUACCAGGCCGUCCGUCCAGGAUAUGCAUGUGCUGCUUGUCGGCGAUGAUGAUGAAGCCUCUUUCUUCAAUAACAUUCUACACAUUCAGCAGCAUCGUCGACUCCGAGCUUUGCGGCGUCUCGCUGGUGAGGUCGCCAAAGGAGAGAUUCAGUCUGCCAACUUGGGCUCCAUUUUUGUUCCCCUAGUUGAACAUUUUGUAUUUGAUGAGGCCGAGGACGAGAACGCUCACAACUUGAUUGCUGAAGCCGUUGCCACAAUUGGUGCCCUUGCAGAAUGGCUGGAUUGGAACCAGUUCCGGGCCAAUUUCCGGAGGUAUCGCAGUUACAUGCAGAGCAAGCCCGAAAUGGAGAAGAACAUUCUCAGACUUCUGGGUCGGAUGUCUGACGCGUUAUCCAGCGCGAUGGAUCGAAAGAAGGCGGCCGAGCCCCAGGCCGAAGGCGAUGACACUGACGAGAUGGAGAUUUCCACGCCGGCCAUGUGCACCCUUGCCAGAACCAUUCCAUCCUUCACAAAGGUCACGACGGAGCUGACCACCAACUUCAUCCCUUUCCUGACCAGCUUCAUCCAUCACAAGCAGGAGACGGAAAUGAGCUUGCGUUUGCCUGCUGCAGUCACCACAAUCAAGCUGCUCAAGAUUCUGCCCGAGGCAGAUAUGACUAUUCGCCUGCCUCCUGUCCUCCUGGAUGUUUGCAGUAUCCUCAAAAGUCGAGCACAAGACUCGCGAGACACGGCACGAAAGACACUCAACGACGUUGCCAUCCUGCUGGGCCCGGAAUACUUCGGCUACAUCCUGAAAGAACUGCGGAAUACUCUUGCUCGUGGGUACCAGCUUCAUGUUCUGUCUUUUACGGUCCACUCCAUGCUUGUAGUGACUACCGAUCACUUCAAGCAGGGUGACUUGGAUUAUUGCCUGGGAGAUCUCGUCGCAGUCGUGAUGGACGAUAUCUUCGGCACCGUCGGCCAGGAAAAGGACGCAGAAGGCUACGUCAGCAAGAUGGUGGAAGUGAAGAGCAGCAAGAGUUUCGACUCUAUGGAGCUUCUUGCCAAGAACGCCACUGUCCGACACCUAGCCAAUCUCGUCCGACCACUGCAGGCACUUCUGCGGGAGAAGCUCAACUCGAACAUUGUAAAGAAGCUCGAUGAGCUUAUGAGGCGAAUUGGCAUUGGUCUCCUGAGAAACCCUGGCGCCGAAAGCCGUGACCUGCUGAUGUUCUGUUACGAAGUCAUCAAGGAGUCCUACCGCGAUCCUACUGCAAGUGACAGCCAGGCUAAGCCGAAGUCCGAGUCGGAGGAGCGGUUCUUGGUUAGACUGCAGGGAGCAAAGAGAGGCGAGAAACGAGGCACGACCUCUUCUCACGCGUACAAACUGACUCGAUUCGGUCUCGAUGUCCUGCGCGCGAUCCUCAACAAGUACAAUUCUCUGUUGGUGGCAACAAACCUGUCGGGUUUCAUACCGAUCAUCGGCGAUGCCCUUGUCCAGGCCCAGGAAGAAGUCAAAAUUUCUGCUCUGCGGCUGUUGUCUACAAUCAUCAAGCUCCCGCUGCCCGAGAUCGACCAGAACUCUCACGUUUAUUUCACCGAGGCUGUGAAAAUGGUUAAGGAGUCGCCCAGUACGAACACCGAAGCAGCGCAAGCCUCGCUGAAAUUGAUUUCGGCCAUGUUGCGCGAACGAAAGGACACAAAGCUCCGAGAUGGGCACCUUGCCUAUCUUCUCCAGCGCCUGACAUCGGACAUUGAAGAACCAGACCGACAAGGUAUAACCUUCAAUUUCAUUCGAGCCGUAAUGUCUCGCAAGCUCGUCGUGCCGGAGAUGUAUGAACUCGUGGACAACAUCGCAACCAUGAUGGUCACCAACCAGACUCGUUCUGCACGGGAUCUCGCGCGAGGCGUUUAUAUUCACUUCCUGAUCGAGUACCCGCAGGCCAAGAACCGGUGGACGAAACAGCUUGGUUUCCUUGCCAAGAACCUUGAGUACAAGCACCAGGAAGGGCGCCAGUCAGUUUUGGAGGCCAUCAACUUGCUUCUUUCAAAGACCGGCCCAGAGCUGGCCCAGGAUAUCAUCAGCACCUUCUUCCUGCCUAUCGUGCUCGCCAUGGCCAACGACGAUUCUUCAGAAUGCCGUGAGCUGGCAGGUGCAUUGCUUGGUCAAUUCUACAGCCGAGCAGAUCGGGAGCAGAUGAAGACUAUUCUCACGCCGAUCCGGUCAUGGCUGGAGCAAACGGAUAACCUAGCCCUGAACAAUGUUGGUCUACAGGCCAUGCGAGUUUACUUUGAAGUUGAAGAAACCGUCAAAGAGAAGGAAGCUCGCUUUGUCGUCGGCAUCCUCCCGAACCUGAUGCAGCCACUCCUCGAAGACCACGAAUCAGGCAGCUGGGAGGCACUGUAUUAUGCCGCGCAGCUUUUCACGAAACUCUGCAAAACAGUCCCUGCGCUUGCCCUGAGCCCCGAGUGUGCAUCUAUUUGGGCCUUGGUCCGGGAAUGUCUCUUCUUCCCUCACGCAUGGGUCAAGACCUGUGCCGCGAAUCUCAUCGGCAUGUGGCUGGCCGACAUCGCCAAGACGAACGCAGCCGAGGGAUACAGCGCAAUUCCUCUAACGGGAAGUUCGGGCUUGGUUCUCGACAAAGAUGCAAUGCUCCAGCUGCUCCGUGGCAGUCUUCGCUGCCUACGCACGCCGGGUAUCACCGAAGAGCUGGCGAUGCAGAGCGUGCGCAAUCUCGUCUUCCUAGGCCGAUGCUGUGCACAGAACGGUCUAGAAAUCCCCAAGACGGAAGCUGACAAUGCCGACUCUGAAGCCGAGGAGGAAGAUGCAGACGAGGGUGCCGAUAGCGAAGCUGAGGAUGGGGCACCAACCAACGGCGAGCACAAUGAUGCCUCAAGCAGUACCAGAUCCGCCAUUCACUACAUUUUCCGCCAGAUCUCCUCGCUCCUGCGCCGCGAAGUGAUUUCUCGACGGCCAGACGCUCUCAUCCCUAAAACCGCAUCGAUUGCUCUCCUCGCUGCGCUGGCCCGCCACCUUGACGCAGAGCACAUCCGCCCGUCUCUCACCGUCAUCUUACUUCCACUGCAGCAUCUGACCGAUUCAUCCAUUCCUGCUCCACGGUCAUCAGACGAGUCCUUCCAGAACACGUACAAGGGUCUUGUUUCCAACUGCCAUGAGGCCCUGGACCUGUUGCAGAAGAAGCUUGGCACGACCGAGUACAUCGCUCAGAUGUCCCGCGUGCAGGAAACUAUCAAGGAGCGCCGUGAAGGAAGACGUGUCAAGCGACGCAUUGAGGCUGUUGCUGAUCCUGAGCGGUACGGUCGUGAUAAGCAGAGGAGGAAUGAACGGAAGAGGGACGUACGCCGCGAGAAGGGGCUGGAGCACCGAGGAAAGAGACGUGGAUGGUAA